GAGGGAGAGGCACACACGAGCGAGAGAGAUGAUUAGUUUUGUCUGGGGCUUACCUGGGUAGGCGCAUAGGUUGAGAUCAGUUGAGUUUUUGUCGUUGUCGGUUUCGGUUCGUUGUGGUUGAAGUGCAGCUGCUUCUGUUCAUGCUACUUGCAGCUCAAAAAUAAAAAAAUACACAAAAAUUUUAUAGCAAAUCGAAAUGCAAAUUUUAACGAUAUCUCUCAGCCUCCGCUUCUGGCUAUGCCUCUGCUUAGUGCUCUGUUUUGGUCAACAACAACAGGCAAAGGCCAAUGAACUAAAGGAUUUGCUAGAGGAUCCAACUUCCACUAGCACCAGCACCACAUUUAGCACCUCCAGCACACCAACCACACCCACAGCCUAUGUGGUAUCAGCAGCAGCUGUUUCCCCUUCAGCCUCGUUGGUUCCAGCUCCAGCUUCGAAAAGUAAAACCAAAUUGUCCACAGUCAAGUAUUUCAAUAAGAGUUCAACCAAAAAACGAAAAGCCGAAGAGGUCUCAUCGCUGCCUCUGCCCGUGGAUGAUGGUUUGUUGGAAUGGAAAUGUCCUAAUAUCACAGGAUCAAGGAAUACCGAGAUGCUGGAAUGUGGUUGCGAUUUGCCACACACUUUGAGAUGCAACAUCGAUCUGCAUGGUCUUUUGCUCUUGGCCGAACGUCUGCGGAGUUCACCUUAUUCCAUUUCCCUGCUGGAUUGCUCUUUGCGUAAUGUUACCUUCUUGAGUGAUGCCAAAAUCUUUGAUGGCAUCUCAUUGCAUGGUCUGGUCAUAUCAUCGGGUGAAAUCAAGCGGGUACAUAAAUCCGCUUUUCUUGGGAUUAAAGGACCUUUGCAGGCUUUGGGUUUACCUGGCAAUGCCUUGCUGAGUGUUCCCUGGAAUGCCUUAUCCUCUUUGUCGGCCUUGGAACGUCUGGAUUUGGCUAACAAUAAGAUUAAGGCUCUGGGCACAGCUGACUUUGUGGGUCUGGGCAAUCUUAUUUAUCUGGAGUUGAGCAACAAUCAAAUUUCUAGCAUUUCGCAAAGAACUUUUAGUAAUCUAAGGCAAUUGAGUGUCCUGAAAUUGGGUGGCAAUCGUCUCGGUGACUACGCCCAGAGUCUAAAGUCGCUCAGUCAAUGCUUGAAUCUCAGGGAAUUGGAUCUAACGGCAAAUAAUUUGAAUGGUCCUUUGAGUGAGCAAACGCUGCCGGGUUUGAGGAUUCUGGAGACCCUCAAUCUGAACAGGAAUAUGAUCAAAAGCAUUCAAAACAAAGCUCUGGCUAAUUUCUCCCGCCUUGUCAGUCUCUCACUGCGUCACAAUCAAAUCGAUGUCCUGCAGGAUCAUGCCUUCUAUGGUCUGGGUUCGCUGGAUAGUUUGGAUCUGAGUUACAAUGGCAUUGUGGCCAUCUCGAGUGCCUCUUUGCAGCAUCUCUCCAGACUGACUGUCUUGGAUUUGACACACAAUUUCUUACGAGCUCUCACAUCCGAUUUAAUAGCUCCUUUGCCAUCUUUGCGUGAACUGCGCCUGGCCGGCAAUGAUAUAUCCAUUGUGGCCCACAAUGCUAUGGAUGGAGCCAAGGAGUUGCAGAGCCUUCUAAUGCAGGAAAAUCCUUUAUCCUGCGACUGUAGUAUACGUCCAUUUGCCGAAUGGUUGCAGGUCACCAAAUUGCGUUCCAGUUUAUCGGCAUCCUGUGUGACGCCACCUCGCCUGGAGGGAGCUCCUCUGCUGCAGGUUCCCGUGGAGACACUUAGCUGUGACAUGGAUAAUGUGGAAAAGGACAAUGCCAAUAUAAUGCAACAUUUGGAGACUCUGGCUAAACCGAAUCAAUCUUCAAAUGUCAGAGAUCUAUCCGAAGAGAUCAUACUCCAUGAAUUGCAUUACUCAGCGGACUAUGGCUUAAUUUUGACUUGGUUAUUGAAUCUCAGUAAAAAGGAUUACAUGUGUGAUGCCAUUUUUGUUUACAAGGAAGAGAAUAUCAAUGAAAUACUCAUAGACAAUUCACCGAUUCAUUGCGAAAGCAAAGUGGUAAACGGUCAGAAUACUGUAAGUGUCAUAGUGCCAGAUAGUUCAUCCCUGGAUAUAGGCGAAAGCUAUCGUUUCUGUUUGGUUAUGGUGCAAGAGCAGAAUCCCAAGGCCGAUCUGAAUAUUGGUUGCUCAAACAUAACGCAACUACAAUUGAGUAGUCCAGGAUCGAUUCCUCUGCCACGUCAGUAUCAACGUCAACGAUCACCCACCUAUUAUACCACACAGAAUGAACUUCCGACGGGUGAUGAUUAUGUGGAAAGGAAUCAACGGCAAUAUACACAUCCUCGCGGCCAGCAGCACCAACAACAACAGCCACAACAAUCCUCCCAACUUCUGCAUAACUAUAAUGUUAUAGAUUCGUUGAACAAAAGUUUUCUACCUGGCUUGGGCUUGGGUAUAUUGGUUACCUCUGUCGUUGUGCUAAUAUGGGGAGCCACACGCAUACGUCAAAAUAAUAGCUCAGGAAGAGGUGGUGGCUCAGGAGGUGGCGGUGGCUCAGGGGGUGGGCACAUGACAAAUGUUAGCCUUGGCAGUCAUAGUUGUAGCAGUGCCAGCUCCAACAACAACAAUAACAACAGUCGUCCUGGCACACCCACAGCCACAACUUGCUACGCCUCUUCACCAGGCCAUUUGGCCGAUGCGGAAAAUGGAACACGCUAUCUAAAAUUGCAGGCCACAACAAGUCUCUGAUGGGCUCUCUCCACUUCACUCAAAUGAUCUCUUGUGAUAGUACACUCAAUUGUGUACCAAUUUAUAUAUAUACAUGCAUAUGAUAUAUAGUUAAGAUCGCAUAGUAUAUAUACAAUUUUUUGCACUAAUCCUAAUAGAAGUUGGCCCCCUCCCCCCAAAAUGUAACCCAAAAUUGUGCCAUAAACUAACUAACCGAAGGACCCAAACCCUCCCAAAAACUUUUUGUUAAACCCUUAGCCUAUUCCUAAGUGAACUUUUAGUAAUAAGAAAUUGUAAGUCAUCACCUUUUCCUCCCUCCUUUCCAUCCUCAGAACCAACCGAACCUAGACCUAAGGCUUUUUAAAUAAUUUAUUAACCAAUUUCAACGCACAUACAAA